AUAAUUAAAAUUCAACCUUCGAUUCCGAUACUUGGUGCGUCACCCUUACCGUCACCAUCGUUGAAUAAUCAGCAUCAAAUUAAAACAAAAAAAGAAAGAAAAGAAGCAUAAUAAUUGCCAAUCCAGUACUGUAUAAAACCCCAUACUCGCUUCACACACCACAAGAAAUAAACAGCCACACAGAGAAGAAAAAUGGAGCUGAAAGUUUAUGUUCAUCGCGUGUCCCAGCCAUCACGCGCUCUGCUCAUCUUCAACAAGAUGAAUGGAAUUGAAUUUGAGGAGAUCUCGAUAGAUUUAACCAAGGGGCAGCACAAGUCUCCUGAAUUCUUAGAGAUAAAUCCCAUGGGACAAGUACCAGCUAUUGUUCAUGUAGACUUUAAGCUAUUUGAAAGCCAUGCAAUCUAUAUCUAUCUCGCAUCUGUAUAUGGAGUUGCAGAUCACUGGUAUCCAAGUGAUCUUCAAAAAAGAGCCAAGGUUCAUUCUGUGUUGGACUGGCAUCACUCCAAUCUACGCCGUGGUUCAGUUUUGUAUGUUUUAAACACAAAACUAGCUCCUGCAUUCGGCUUGCCACUGAACCCGCAAGCAGCUGCUGAAGGCGAGAAGCUUUUAUUGUGUGCUCUGAAUACUAUAGACACGGUUUGGCUCACCGAUAGCGGACCAUUCUUGGUUGGAGCAGAGCAACCAUCAGUAGCAGAUCUCAGCCUGGUCUGUGAGAUCAUGCAAUUUGAGUUUCUGGAUGAAGAUGACCGCAGCCGAAUUCUGGGACCUUACAAAAGAGUUCAGAAGUGGAUUGAGGAUGUAAAGGAUGCAACAAAAUCUCAUUUUGAUGAAGUUCAUGAUACCCUUUAUAAAUUCAGCGCAAUGCUGAAGCAGAAGCAGAAGCCAGCAGGAGAGAAGAGUGAAGCCUAGUCAUGCAUGUCAAUAGCAUUGCAGUAUUCAAUAAUUAUCGACUUUUAUUUGAUUUUUGUGUAACAUUUUGUGCAACAUUUUGGGCGACAAUUUUAUGAUAUCUUGCAUUAAUAUAUUAUAGAUGCUGCAGCUGUGUAAAAAUAGAACCAAUCCAACUAUACAACUAAAUCGGUUUGAUUUUAUGCUA